AUGAAAUUACUACCAGUACUUGUUCUUAUCCAACUCACACUUUCCCAUUCUUUACCAUCUCCUAUCCGUUCAGCCGACUAUGAAGGACCGUGGAUCCGUCGAGUAAGAUCAAAUCCAUCCAUACCCCCAUCAUCGAAAGGUGGACGUAUCGUGAAAGUGUUCGGAUACACCAUACAUGUCCCGCCCUUUGUAGAUUCUAUGAUUGCUGCGGUAAAAAACUUCUUCGUCGGUCCGUCAGGUGUCAUCACUCGGAUCAAGAACUUUUUGCAAGGAAAUAGCAAAGUAUCGGCGAAAUUCUUUGGACGAAAGGUCGACUUCCAAGCGAAUGUACCGCUGUCGGCUGAAGAG